AUUUUACAAGUUUUUCAAAUUCCGAUGGACUAUGUCACACUUAGUUUUGCAUUGUGGAAUUUUGCUGCAGUAGGACUUAUUUCUGUUUUUUGGAAAGGGCCUCUGUUAUUACAACAAACUUAUUUGACUAUUAUGUCAAGUUUGAUGGCAUUUUCUCUAACAAAUUUAUCGUCCUGGACUACGUGGAUUUUAUUGGCAUUAUUGGCUAUUUGGGAUUUGAUUGCUGUGCUUUGUCCUUUUGGUCCUUUACGUAUUUUGGUUGAAAGUUCGCGCAAUGACAAGAGGGAAAUUCCAGCAUUAUUAUAUUCCGCAACUAGUGGGGAAGAAAUUCCACUGUCUGAAAAUAUAAGAUAUAAUCGUGGUGAGGGCGGUGUGAGUGAUGAGGGCGGUAUUAAUUGUGAUGACGAAAGAAGUGGAUUGAAACUAGGAUUAGGUGAUUUCGUAUUUUAUAGCGUUCUUGUAGCUCAAGCUGCUUUAUUUGAUUGGAUAACAACUGUAGCUUGUAUUGUUGCCGUUCUAACGGGCCUUAACACAACUAUAUUUCUUCUUGCAAUUUAUAAAAAAGCGCUUCCCGCAUUACCAAUUUCAAUUGCUUUUGGAAUGUUAUUCUACUUUGUUGCGCGUAAUACUUUGGUUCCGUAUGCGCAGUCUCUUGGAUUAUCCUUAAUUGCUGUGUAA